AUGGCAAUUGUAAGAAAUAAGUCUCCCAAAAAAUGUCAGUACAAACAAAUCCCAGCCAAUCCAAUAAGAUUAAUAUUUGAAAUACUGUUGUGCGUUUUACUUAUAAUACCGGCUGUUCUAUGGGCAACAAUAAAACUAUUCCAUAAAUCUCCACGAAAGAAUAUCAGUGGACAAGUGGUUUUGGUUACCGGGGCAGCUCGAGGUUUGGGCCGCGAGCUCUGCUUGAGGUUCCACACGUUGGGCUCCAAAGUUGCUUGCGUUGACAUCGACGGCGAAGGGUGUGCCGAGACUGCAAAAGCGAUCAAUCGACACGGCGGGACGGCCAAAAGUUACAAAGUCGACGUAACCGACCGGAAGCAAAUCAGGGACAUGCACGCGACGGUCGUGAAAGAACUGGGCCCCGUGGACAUAGUGGUGAACAACGCGGGCAUCGUAUUGGCCCAUAUGUACGUCAAUCCCGAAUCGGAUCAGCUCAUCGAGAACCUGAUCAACGUCAACCUCCUGGGACAAAUAUGGAUCAAUAGGGAAUUACUGCCAUCGAUGUUAGAAAGAAAUCACGGUCAAAUUGUCGCUAUAUCUUCCAUGUCGUCGAUGAGUGGAUUGUCUGGAAUAUCUACUUACACGGCCACCAAAUGGGCGACGAAUGGUAUGAUGGAGAGUUUGCAUAACGAACUGAGAGCAUUGAAAUCAGCCGUCGUGUCGACGACUGUGUGUCCGUAUUUUAUAGAGACAAAUCCGGAAAUAUCUAAACAUUUAGAGCUUAGAUUACCAGAAAUGCCCACAUCUUUUGUUGGCGAAAUCGUUAUGAAUGGUAUACUAGAAAAUCGAAGAAUUUUUUCAGUUCCAAAUCACUUCAUGUUUCCAGUUAAACUUGUAAGGACAUUACCUGAUAACUUGCAGUGGAUAAUCAACAGAGUAUUCUAUGUAAAUAUCAUUGGAUUCCCAAAAGAUGUAGAAUUGAUGAACAGAUAUCGUCAGUAA